AUGGAAGCAGAAGACCCGCCUGCGGGUCCCAAGUCUUGGAAGUGUCAGCUCGGUUCUUUGUCGCGAGCCGACGGUUCUUGUAUGCUCUCGCAAGGAGGCACGCAUGUAUGGGUCGCCGUCAAUGGUCCGGGAAAUGCGAAUACUUCAAGACGGCUUGCGGACAAGAUGGCCGUUUCCGUUAACUUCCACCCGCUCUUUGGAGACUCGCGAUAUCCUACCUUCGAGAACUUGGUUAUGUCGGCUGUUGGAUCUACAGUACGAAGAGAGCUCUUCCCAAGAACAGAGCUUGCGGUGACGAUCCACGAAUUGCAGAACGAUGGUUCUCUAAUGGCUGUGGCUUUGAACGCUACGUCAUUGGCCCUCCUGGAUAGUGAAGUCCCCAGCGAGGCGCCUUUCUGCGCAGUGGAAGUGGCUCGGACGCCUACCGGAGACUAUUAUGUCAACCCUGCGAAACGACAUGAAGCGGCAGCAGAAGGGCUAGCUGUUCUGGUUUUCCGUAGCCAUGAAACUGAUGCCCCGACGCUGAUCGCAAAAACUUUAACUGGCCAAUGGACACCCGAGCAACUCAAAGAAGGGAUUGAAAGAGCCGGUCGGAUCGUACCGUCCCUUUUCAUGUCGUUCAAGAUGACGUUACAAGAGCGAGACAAGAUCGAAAUCUUUGGAAAUUGGAAGAAGACGGCAAAU